AGUGAGCAAGCAGAAGAACUAGUAAAUCUCUGUCCACUGGCUUGCAACUAGCCUGCAUACUUCAGGACAGCAAACAGGAAAUAUAACAAUGAAGACUGCGCUUAUUUUUAUCUGCCUUUUGGGAAUAGCUUGUGCUUUCUCAAUCAAGAGCUUCCGCAGAAGAGCAAAAUCAGAUGACUCUGAAGAAAAUGCGGUUUUCAAGAACAGGCAUCGAUAUUAUUUUUACAGAUAUGCCUAUGUGUAUCCACCACAGAGAAGAAUGCAGAGCAGUGACUCAUCAGAAGAGGAAGGGGAUGGUGAUAGCUCAGAUGAAGAGGAGGAAGAGGGGCAGGAACAGUCUAACGAAGGGGAGAAUGAGGGUGAAGAGACCACCACAGAGGCUCCCACUGGGAAGGUCCCCGUAGACAAGAAGGGAUUUAGCAAAGGAGAAACCAAAGCUCCUAAGAAGGGCCAAGACUGCAAAGGUCCUGAGAAAGAAGAGAAAAGUGAAGCCCUUAAAAAGGGGGGAAAGGGCAAGGCUCCAGAAAAAGGUUGGAUGAGCAAAGGCUCUGAAAAUGAAGAUAGUGAUGAAAAUGAGGAGGAGGACAAUGAAGAGGAGGAAAAUGAAAAUGAAGAAAAAGUGGAUGAAAAUGGAAAUGGCAUUAAUGGCACUAGCACCAACACUACUGAAGCAGAGACUGGGAAUGGAGGUAAUGGCCUAGGUGAGAAUGGGGAAGGCAAUGGCAAUGAGGGGGCUGAAGAGGGAAAUGAGGAGGAAGUGGAGGAGGAAGAAAAUGAAACUGAAGCAACGACUGUCAUCACCGCCACUGGAGAUCAGGGGCUGUAUGACACAACUACCACUGAGGAUGAGGUGCCUUAUGACACUACCACCACUGUAGAUCAGGAGGGUUAUGGGUAUGAAGAAAGUCCUACCCCCGGCUAUGAAAACGGAUAUGAAAGCCAAACAGAUUAUAACUACGGAAGCGAGAAUGGGUACCCCCGCGGAGACACCUACAGAACUUAUGAGGACGAGUACAGCUAUUACAAAGGGCAUGGAUAUGAUGUCUAUGGCCAUGAUUACUAUUAUAGUCAAUGAAGAGCAAGACCUUGAUUGAUCUUGUUAAUGCUAAUACUCUGCAUAGCAAUUGUUUUCAAAGUUCAACUCAGGAAAGUAUGACAAAAUGUAAUUUGGUGCCUGUAUAAAAAAGAAAAAAAACCCUGGUUCUUAGUUUAAAAAAAAAAAAAGCUCUCUAUGGAGGUAGUCACACAUUCACUUGCAGUGGUUGCAAAUCAUUGGAGUGCUGUCACCUAUUCAGGUUUGCAUGUAUUAAAGUUAGUAUGUUAGAUAAUAUUGCCUGAAAGGGAACAAUUUAGCAAUGCUACAAUGGUACUUAAUAUGCACUAAACUGCUUGAACAUGCAUUUGCUUAACAUGUUAAUUACACCUAGUAAAUGUUAUGUUGAAUGGGUGACACCACCCUAUUAAAUACAUGCUUUUGACCAGGAUUCAUACACUUGCUGUGGACAUUUAUAUACCCUACCAGGGACCGUAGCAUUUUAAUCUCAAUACUGAGGAAUAUUGUGUAUAAGAUGGCAUUAUCAUAAAAUGAGUUUUGUUGUACACGUUAUAUUUGCAGUCUAUCCAUUGUUUAUAUUAAACUCAAAACUCAUUUUAAAGCAAUUAUUUUGAACAUGUUGUGCUUAAGAAAUAACUUUUAAAAAACCUGCUUCAUUUCUGUUGCUAGUCUUCCACUCAAUGGACCAGACUCAACUGAUACAGCGCAUGUAUUGGGGUCAGUGGGGAACUUUCAACAUGAUUAUGUUUUUUUACACUUGCAAUGGGCUUGGUUUUGAAAGCUGGGCCUUGAAUCUCUGAGGCUGUCCCAUCAUCUGUAAAGUUGAGAGAGAUCCACAAGGCAGUUCCUUGGGAGAGGUACCACCCGCUUUGUUGUGAGUAUGAAUAACAGAAUCUAACCCUAAGCAAAUAUACGGGAAAAGCAAAUGCUCUUCUGAAUGCCCAUGUAGAAGUUCAAAGUUGUAUCAUUUGGUAACAAUGCGCUUUCAAUCUGUAGAGAAUUAUGGUAGGUCAGAGACACUCAAUAGCAAGGGGAAACAGGAGGCCAAGCACUGGAAAGUCUUACCUCUCUGUGCAUGGGCUGCUGCUGCCAUGGUGUGACAUGGUACAGGCUCUCUGGGUGCUGCCUUUCUGGUGCUCCCUCUAAAUCAGCACCUAGGAAUGUUUGGAUCUAUGCCACAACAUAGUGACUAACUGCAUUAGCAUUUUCUAAUGAGAUUUGUAUUGUUAUGUGGUAGCCCAAAAGUAUCAAGCCUAUCACCUCAACACACA